AUGAGCCCAAAGCCGGUGAUCGACGCCGGCGACAGGCUCAGCUCUUUGCCGGACGAGAUCAUCUCCCACAUCCUCUCCUUUCUGGAAACCAAGUACGCCGUCGGCACCGCAGUCCUCGGCCGACGGUGGGAAGGACUCUGGACCAUGGUUUCCAAUCUUGAUCUUGACGACCGGUUGAUUUGCGGGACUCGGGACGUACCGGAUCCUGAUUUAGAUGUCUUAAAGAGGUACUUGCAAUUCAGCCGCUUCGCCGACGAGGUAAUGAGCCAGCACAAGAAUUUCAAUUCUCUCACUCGUUUCCGCUUCCGUUUCUCUGUGGAGGGUAGGUUUUGGUGGGUGGGUUCUGACUAUAGGUUUAAGAGGGAAUUGGUGUUUGGUCCUCCAAUUGAGGAGAUCCUCCUGGGAAAGCGGAAUUGGGAAUUCCAGAGAGCUUCUACACUUCCAAGAAUCUGA